AUGUCCAUUGCCGCGAUGACCUUAGAACUCGAUACGACGGCGAACUGGAUCUUGGCGCUUUUGGGCGCUCUCUUUGCCGACUUUAACUCGCUCCGCUAUUUCUCGUGCCAGCCGGCUUCGAGUUCCUUGAUGGCGGUGUCAUCCCGCGCACUUUGCUUCAGGUGCGCCACCUCUACUGCGAGGUUCUGCACUAUCAAGUCCACGCCGACGGGGUUUGCGCUGACCGCGGCAGCAGGCAUCAUGGUAGGGAGCCUAGGACCCACCGCGUCCGACAACAGGGAGAGGCGUCACCCAUGUUCCUCUCGUCUGCCUCGGCUCUGCGCGCAGCAGCCGUCUGAGCUCGACGGACUGGCGUGGUGUUCGAAGGCGUGGACAGGAUACCCGAGGCAACGGCGCGAUGUUAGAGUCACAAGAACAUCGGACGAACUCCUGACCAACGGAUCGUCAUCCCCCAAGGCGGUGGGCCUCCUGGCCCGCCCGCUUGGGAGUCUGAAGCCUGGUCUUCCCGACUGGUCCCGUCGCCCUCGUUGUCGUGAGCCUCGCAUGAGCCGAGUCCCCUUCCCCAUGGGCUUUGGGGCCGCCACAGCCGUAGGCGUGGGAGAAGCCGUGGAGACGGCAGACCGCCAGGGGUGGGGGCCGGAGGCUCGGCAGCGAGUUUUCCGUUUCUAUAUUACAGACGGAAAAUUUGCCAGUCAGAAGUUCAAAUGA